AUGGCCAAAACUUCCAGGACGGUCCCCAAAAAGGAUAGAGCAUCAUCUUCCUCUGCCUCUCGGCCGGCCAAACCGGUGGUGCCGCCCACGCUUGAGGAAAUCACCCCCGGUAAUUGCAUUAUUAAGAAAGACUUCAGUAUCGAGAAUCCUCCCGAUGUCGCAGGUCGAUGCGAGCACGUAUCUCGAUAUAUUAGCUUGAUAACGGAGAAGCUUACCAAGGAUGCCAAGGGUUUGGAAUUCACCCUCAGCCACCCGGUUCGAUUGUAUCGGCCCCAGUUAUUUCGAGGACUCAUCAAGCUGCAACGCCGAACAACGAAAUCCUUCUUUGCCAGUACUGACGAAACCAAAGAUCAGGGUUGGAUGAGCCGGUUUGUUAGACUAAUGCUUGGGCGCCCCCAGUGGUGCCCGACCUCGAGAAUUGGGUCUGAAAGCCUUGGCGAUGCAUCCGAGAUGAGGCCGGCUUCGCCCGGGGAAAAAACCAAGCCUUCAAAUCCGAAGUCUGAGAAGGACAACAAAAGAAAAAGGGUCUCGAAACUCGGAGACCCUCAAGACAAGAAAACCCCCGCUCGAAGGCUGCGGAAAAGAUUUGCUCAAACGGGCGCAGACUCGGUCCAUGACUCCCCGGAUGAUAGAGAAAAUGAUAAUGAAGAGUCGGCGCUGGUGACUCGGACCAGGAAGCCACUCGAGGUCGCCAAGCCUUCCGAAACGGAAACCUCGUCCUGUGGUGAGGAUGUCCCGAAGGAAGAAACGGGCAAGGCCCCUGUAUCCCCGGAGGUCGAGAUUAUCCCUCCGCCUUCAAUAACUAUACCAGAGGGGGUAAAUGCUGAGACCCCCAAUGAUAAUGAGAAUUCCCCUAGUGAAGAGCUCGGGCCCGCAACAACGACAACUUAUUUUGAGGGGGCAAUCGAAGAAGCCAACGCUAUGCGUAUGCCCGACCCAAAUAAGGCCAUCGAGGACGAUUUUCAGGGUUGCUACAUUGGGAUUGAGGAUGCCAACGACUUUAAUGAUGCAUCCUCCAUUUUUGAAGAGGCUCAACGUCUCCUUUCCCGGGCUGAGUUGAGCCAAUGUGAGACUGAGCUCCAGAAGGUUUCGGGUGAAGAGAAGGCCUUGAGGCUCCUCUGUAGCCAGAAGGAAGAGGAGUUUAAGGAUCUCCGAACCGCAUUGGCCAAAGCUCAAAAAGCGAGUCCGAGCUAG